UGUGCCUCAGUGUGUUGCUGGUAGUGGCUGUUUUAACUCCUGGGCUUGGCGGUUGGAGAGGCGAGAUGGCGGCGGAGGUGUUGCCGAGUGCGAGGUGGCUGUACCGUGGAGAGCCCGACGAGAGCCAGAGAGCGCUACUCGGUAAAGACUGCGAAGCUGGAGCAGAGUUCCCCUAACUUCCUUCCGUCUCGGUACCGCUACAGCCUCCACUUUCCGCAUCCGUCGGGCCCCGGUUCCCAGCAGGGCCAAGAUCCCUUAUAGUCUACACCACUGCUUGGGGCUCGACCAGGGCUCUUCUGUCAUUCCACCAUCUGUCACCACCUCCCAGCUGGAUGAGGACAUCUCAGUUACCCCUUCCUCAGGGCCAUAAUGUACCCGGGACCCCAUCAUCCCCUCCCCUCACCCACCAGGUCUCACACCUGCUCCAUUUCCUUCUCUCUACUGGCCAGUCUCCCUCUGUCUUUCUAGGUUUGGCCGAGGUCUCCUCAGCCCAUUCCCCUAGUUAUUCCCUCCUGUCGAAGCCCCUCCCCAGGGGUCCCCUCACAUCCUCAUCCCCUCUUCCCACCUGGACCAGGACCUCCUUCAGUCCCCCUGUGGGUCAAGACCUGGGCUUCCUUGCCAUCCCUGUUCCUGCAGUCACUCCCUCCCGUUGACAGUCCAUUUCCUCUCCACCAUAAUCUGCGGGUCCUUCUGCUCUCAUCUUAUUCUUGGGCUGCAAUCUUACAGUCCAGUUCUCCAAUGGGAAGCUACAGAAUCCAGGCAACAUGCGCUUUACCUUGUACAAGAGCAACGACUCCACAAACCCCAGAAAGAGGAGUCAGCGGAUCCUGGCACUUUGUGGGAAUUUUAAAUAAGACCUCUGGCCAAAUGGAAGUAUAUGAUGCUGAGUUGUUCAACAUGCAGCCGCUGUUUUCAGAUGAAUCAGUUGAGAGUGAAUCAACGCUAGAGAGUCAGAGCAGAUCUUUUAGAGAAAAGAUGGAUUCUUGCAUUGAAGCCUUUGGUACCACCAAACAGAAGCGGGCUCUGAACUCCAGGAGAAUGAACAAAGUUGGCAGUGAAUCUUUGAAUCGAGCAGUGGCUAAAGCUGCAGAGAGUAUAAUUGAUACAAAGGGUGUGACUGCCCUGGUCAGUGACGCCAUCCACGAUGACUUGCAGGAUGACUCCCUCUACCUCCCCCCCUGCCACGCUGAUGCAGCCAAGCCUGAAGACGUGUAUAAAUUUGAAGACCUUCUUUCCCCUGCGGAGUAUGAUGCUCUUCAGAGCCCAUCUGAAGCUUUCAAGAAUGUCACCUCAGAAGAAAUACUGAAGAUGACUGAAGAGAACAGUCACUGCUCCUUUGUCAUAGAAGCGUUGAAGUCUUUGCCAUCAAAGGAGGAGAGCCGAGACCACCAGGCCCGGUGCAUAUGGUUUCUGGACACCCUCAUCAAAUUUCGAGCACAGAAAGUGAUUAAGCGGAAAAGUGCCCUGGGACCUGGAGUUCCGCACAUCAUCAACACCAAACUGCUGAAGCACUUUACCUGCUUGACCUACAACAAUGGCAGUUUGCGGAACUUAAUUUCGGACUCUAUGAAGGCAAAGAUCACUGCCUAUGUGAUCAUACUGGCCUUGCACAUAAACAGCUUCCAGAUUGACCUGACGAUGUUACAGAGGGACUUGAAGCUCAGUGAGAAAAGGAUGAUGGAGAUAGCGAAAGCCAUGAGGCUGAAGAUCUCCAAAAGAAGGGUUUCUCUGGCAGCGGGCAGGGAGGAGGAUCACAAACUGGGCACUCUGUCCAUCCCACUGCCUCCAGCCCAGACCUUGGACCGUCAGUCAAAGCGGAGGAAAAUCACCUAGACACGUGCUUUCCAGACAGAGCAUUUUGGCCACAUCGUAGCCACUCCUACUCAUUUUCAUUUUUAUUUGUAGAGAAGCCUUGCUUUGGCACGGGUAUGAAGCCAGAAGGCAGCAUCUCACUUGUCUGAUCCUACGCAGAAAAGUAAAGCAAUGGCCCUGUUGGACUCCAUCUCCCUCCUUUGUUGUCACUGUGGUUGUAAAUGGCAGGUGGUUCAUGUGUGGGAUGUCGGAGGGUGGGCCUGGGGAAGUCGGAGGCAAAAGAUCUCAUAGGCUGAAACUUGGGCCACAUCUAAUGGAUAAAGGUUAAUAAAGAGAAAUGUGAAGUGCU